AUGACAACUUCCCACCAUGCGAGCUCCUGUAUCCGCCCCUUCGACAUGGCUGCAGUGCCGCAGAGGACAUUGAACUGGCUAUACAGUGUGUUGACUCGGGAUCACUAUGAUCCCAAGCAAACCUACCAAGAUCCCAAUCGCACUUACUACCAUGUCGCCAAUGUCCUCGCACAAUACCCUUCACUCUCGCCGCGGACAGAUGUGUACACAUACGAAACCGGUUUCUCUGCCUUACUCCUCCAACUGACCGGCACAAUACCGGUGUCAUUUCGCGGCACCGUCUACAAAUUUCCAAUCGCAUUAUGGAUUCCGAACACUUAUCCUCGCGAACCCCCGAUGGUCUAUGUAACUCCGACGCAGGACAUGGCCGUUCGAGUAGGGCAGCAUGUGACGCUGGAAGGAAGAGUGUAUCACCAUUAUCUCGCACACUGGGCUGAGGCAUGGGAUAGAUCAAACCUCGUCGAUUUCCUGAUGAUUCUUCGGGAGGUCUUUGCGAAGGAACCGCCGGUCAAGUACAAACAACCACAGGUACCGCAAGGACCUCAACAGGCAGGAACUACGCAGACACCGCCCCCGUUGCCUCCUCUGCCCCCAGAGCUAAGUUCGUCCACGCAUCGACCUUCGCCGACCCCUCAAACCGCUCCGCCGCAGCCGACUGGGCAGGUGCCACCGCCCCCUCCUCCGAAGCCAGGGCAGGCCGCCGCUGCUGAACAACCGCAAGUACCACAAGCCGGGAGGUACAACACUCCUCCACUACCGCCGUUACCGCCAAAGGAACAAGAUCUACGACGUCAAUCGUUGCAACUCCAUGCGAACACGGGCGGUCAUAUCCCCAGCCGGUCUUUCCAGUACCCUCCUGAGCGAAGUGGUGCACCUGGAGGGACAGCGGGCUCGUAUGGGUUGUCACAACCACAACACUACAAUGCUGUCCAGGCAAUCCCAGCGUACAUGUCUGGGCCAGCACAUCAGCCAGGCGACGGUGUCCCGCCCAGAAGUCCCCCGCCUGCCAGCCUACCGCGAGGACCUCAGCAGCCGCCGUUCCCUGUGCAACAAGCUCCUGCACAUCCCUCAUUGUAUCAGCAGAAUGGUGCUCGGUACCAGCAGCCACCGCAGCCGGCCAUGCAGCCUCUACCUCAUGGCCAAGCGCAGCCGCCAAUUCCCGCCCACCAGCCAGCGCCGAAACCAAAGACACAAACACCGGAUCUCCUGACCUCACCCUUCGAGCUUGAACUCCCCUCAUUCACGCCCACGGGUCCCGCACCGCCGAUCCCGCCAAAUCCUGAGAAGGACGCCCUCCUGGAAGCUGUGUCGAAGAGCCUCGCCGAAAAUGUUCAAGCCAACCUCUCCCAGUCCGAAUCCGCCGCUCACUCCCUCCUCUCCCAGUCCCAGUCCCUUCAAGCCGCCAUCGCCACCUUACAAGGCGAGGUCUCGUCUCUCAAUUCUCUCAACUCAACUCUGCAGUCCAACACCUCCAUUCUCCAGCAAUCCCUACACCGUGCAGACGGCGUGAUCGCAGCCGCGCAGGCACGCAUCUCCUCGUCCACUGCUCAAGCCCAUGCCUCAAGCUCGGGCUCAGACGUAGCACCAUCGGCUCUGCCGCCCAUCGAUGAGGUUCUCGUCGCCCCUACCGUGGUUGGUAAGCAGCUCUAUGACCUCGUGUCUGAAGAACGAGGAAUCCAGCAGGCUAUUUACGCCCUGCAAGCUGCUUUGGUCAAAGGAAUUAUCGGCGUUGACACGUGGUCGCGGCAUACGCGCAGUUUGGCGCGUGAAGCGUUCUUGAAGCGGGCACUGAUUCGAAAGAUCGGCAAGGGAAUGGGACUUGAAGAGGCUUGACCGAUGCCUUUACCUUUUUCCUAUGUAGCCUUAUAGAAAUGGGCGGUGUUUGCUUCCAGAGAAUGCUUCUGCACUUGUUACUAGAGCAUUUGACAAUUGCAAUGUUGAUACCCAUUAUUAUGACAUGCUGU